UUUACCCCGGUUCCCAGACAUGAGUGUUGGAGCCUCGAACAGGAUCUUCCCCCAGGGGGAUGCCGAGAUCAACUCUGCUGCUGGAGGGAAAGGCCGCCUUGGAGGGGAAGGCUGUGUCCUCUUCUGCUGCUCACGCCGUGGGGCCUGCCUCUCGGCCUUCCUGCUGCUACUGAUGGCCAUGCUUGCUGCCUUGCUCGUUGUGGCCACCAUCCUUGGACGUCCACCCCACGGACCAGAGACCCAGUCCUGUGUGACAUUGACCAACAGGACGGGCUUCUUAUGCCAUGACCGGAGGCAUUGCAUCCCAGCCCACGGGGUGUGUGAUGGCGUUCGCACCUGUCCCCACGGUGAGGAUGAGGAUGAAAGCUUGUGCCGAGAUGUGCCCCAGAGCUUUCCCAGCUUCCUCCUGGCCCACUGUGGAGACUCAGCCUCCUGGAUCUACUCAGACCAGAGAUGUGAUGGCAUUAACAACUGUGGGGACUGCUCAGACGAACUGAGCCCAGUAACCACGUGCCCGCCUUGUGGCCCCGGCUGGUGGCACUGCACUCCGACUGUCUUCAAGUACUGCAGCUGUAUCCCCAGGGUUCUGUGCCAGGACCAUGUGCAGCACUGCUCUGAUUGGUCAGACGAGUACGCCUGUUCGGGACCCUGAGAGAGCCUCCCUCCGCAGCGUGGAAGCUGGCACCAGGACCCUUUCACCAGAGCAACAAACCCUAGACUACAAGGGUGGGAAGAAGCCUUUGACGUCAACCAGUGACAUCUCCCCAUUGUCUCUAAAUAGGAAUUAGCUUUCUCGUUUUCUAGUGUCUCAGCCUCUACUUAAGCACCUCGGCUAACAAGGAGCUCACUACCGUGUUAGACAGCUUCUAACAAUGAGGUGAGUCUGCCUCCAUUAUUUUAUGCUCCUUGGCUCCAGGGCAGGCCUGAAGGUCCCAUUCUUAUUGUUUGGUGAGACAGAUAGAUAAAUGUGUGACUUAAAUGUCAAGCAGAGGCGUAUAACCCCCAUGGAUAGAAAAUGAAGUACACACACUUACCAUCCAUUCAGUGCCUGAGACAGAACCGCGGAGCUCAGAGGCCACUGUAGCAUGUUGCUCAACUCACCAGCAGCCCCCAGCUGAUCACGUGGGAUACAUGGUAUUUUUCUAGCUCCCUAGUCUCCUGGAGGCUUGUGACUGCAGAACGGGAGGCCUGGAGAGGGGAUCCGUGCCUUCAGCCUUGGCCCCGCUGCACCCCACGCUCUCCUGCGGGUUUAUAUUUUGGUCCUGAAGUCAGAGCGAGCCAUCCCCCUGCAUUCCUUCUAGCUUCAAAGCGCCUAGGCGGGCAAGGAUGGACGUACUCAUUAGACAGACAAGGAAAUUGAGGCCCAGGGAAUGACUUGCCCAGGAUGGACCCUGGAACUGGGACUUAAAGUCAGUCUGUGGAACUCUAAUCUUAGGGCCUUUCCCA